UAUUAAGAAUAAUGGAUAUUGGGUGGUUUGAAGAGUAAUGGAGUCAGCACUUGCUUGCUCUUCCUUCCAAUUCCUUUGUAUGAUAACCCUUUUACUACUUUCAUUCCUUUCAAUGCAACCAACAACCUCAGCCACUGAAUUCUCAAUCAAAGAAGCAACCGUGCAAGACAUCCAACUAGCUUUCCAAAAAAACCAAUUAACAUCAAGACAACUUGUUGAAUUCUACCUCAACCAAAUCAAACUCCAAAACCCAAUUCUCAAAGGUGUCUUGGAGGUGAAUCCAGAUGCACUAACACAAGCAGAUGUAGCUGACAAAGAGAGAAAGGAUAAAACAGCAGGUUCUCUUUCAAGGUUGCAUGGAAUACCCAUUUUGGUUAAGGAUAAUAUUGCAACUAAGGAUAAGUUGAAUACCACUGCAGGAUCUUUUGCACUUCUUGGAUCAGUGGUGCCAAGAGAUGCAGGUGUUGUUACCAAGUUAAGAAAAGCUGGAGCUAUCAUAUUAGGGAAGGCCACCUUGAGUGAGUGGGCACAUUUUAGGUCUUUUGGAGCUCCUAGUGGUUGGAGUGCCAGAGGUGGACAAGGAAAGAAUCCAUACACAUUGGGUGAACCCUGUGGAUCAAGUAGUGGAUCAGCAAUAUCAGUAGCAGCAAAUUUGGUGACCGUUUCACUUGGUACUGAAACCGACGGCUCCAUUUUAUGCCCUUCAAGUUAUAACUCAGUUGUAGGCAUCAAACCAACAGUUGGUCUCACUAGUAGAGCAGGUGUAGUUCCAAUCAGCCCAAGGCAAGACACUGUUGGGCCAAUUUGCAGGACUGUAUCAGAUGCUGUUUAUGUUCUUGAAACCAUAGCAGGUGUUGACACUUUUGAUAAGGCAACAAUUGAAGCAUCAAAGUAUAUCCCAAAAGGCGGCUAUGCUCAAUAUCUGAAGAAAGAUGGACUAAGAGGAAAGAGAUUAGGAAUAGUGAGACAAUACUAUGAUUUUCAAGACGGGACUUUUCUGAACGAAACUUUCAAGCUACAUCUAGAAACAUUAAGGCAAAGAGGCGCAGUUUUGGUUGACAAUUUGAAGAUCGAAAACAUUGAUGAAAUUAUGAGUGAUGGAAGUGAAGAAAUUGCUUUGAGUUUUGAAUUCAAAUUAUCCUUGAAUUCAUACCUAAAAGACUUGGUUGCUUCACCAGUGAAAAGCUUGGCAGAUGUGAUAGCCUUUAACGAGAAAAACUCGAAAUUGGAGAAACUUGAGUAUGGCCAAGAUGUCAUGCUGCAAGCUGAGAAGACAAACGGAAUUGGAAAAGCAGAGAAACAGGCAUUAUUGAACAUGACAAGAUUGUCAAAAAAUGGGUUUGAGAAACUCAUGAAAAGAAAAAAACUUGAUGCUGUGGUAACACCUUUUUCAUCCUUUAGUAACAUACUUGCUAUUGGAGGUUAUCCUGGAGUGAGUGUUCCAGCAGGAUAUGAAAAGAAUGAGCCAUUUGGAAUUUGCUUUGGAGGUUUGAAAGGGUCAGAGCCAAAGUUGAUUGAAAUUGCUUAUUCAUUUGAGCAAGCUACUUUGAUCAGAAAACCACCUCCCAUUAGGAAGUUUGGAGUAGUAAUGGUUUAGAGUUAAAAAUAAAAUGUGUUUGAAAUAAAACUUUGUUUCAAGUCCUUAACAUAGAAUUAUAAUUUUCAUUUCACUUUUACUUGGUGCUUUAUAAUGGUUAGGAAUAAAUUUGAUAAUGGUUUAAAAUAGUCAAACAAACAUAUACUACUUUUCAUACAGAAUGAUUUUAUACACUCAACAUCAUGUUUAGGUGUGUCUAAUGUGAGUUUAAGCAUUCACUUGUAAAAGUUAUUAAUACAUCUAGGAGUAUGUCAGGCCACCUAAUAAAAAGGUUUUGGCAAAA